AUGUUUGAAUCACGAGGUGUCGAGAAUUUCUUUCGGUGUAAAGACAAGCUUCAGCAUGCUGUUGACUCUCUUCCUGUUGUUCUGCUACUUGUCUUCAAGGACAUCUGCGGUACGCUACGCAGACGUCAAAAUGCUGUCGGUUUAGUAAACGCAAAAGCAGCAGCCACCUUUACCGAUCCAUCAGCCGCGACUUAUGACUUUGGAAAAAAGGUGGCCGGUAUUGUGUCAUUUGACUUCAACAGUAGCACUGAUGCUCGAGACGUCUACAUUGGAGUCAGUUUUACUGAGAGUUCUUUGUGGAUUAACAGCGAAGGUUGUGAUGCGACGUCUGAUGCUGGCAUUGAUCAAACCCUCUGGUUCGAGGUUUCCGGCACUGGUCACCAUCAAGCUUCGAAGGAGCACCAACGCGGCGAAUUUCGUUAUGUCAACGUAUAUCACAACUCCACCACUGACGUGACACUCACAGUCCUUUCUGUCCACUUUACGGCAGUCCCUCAGAGGACUGAAGCAGACCUGUAA